UGUGUUGGUUCAUGAAUUAGCGACAUCCCUAUAUUUCCUAUGAGAUUUUCCUCCCACGACUGAAAAUGAAAUACUCGAGCCUGUCUGAAAGCAACGCAGAAUGUUGAUUAAAUGCCAAAGAAUCUUAUUGACACUGCUGAAAAUUUAAUAUCUGCACCAAUUACUCUGAUUGCGAAGUAUUUUCAAUUGUCAUUGAUUAAAUCCGUUGACCGUAUUCUGAAAUCAAUUCGGGAGCCAACAUUUUCUGUUUGUGCUGCAAUUUAUGACUUCUGAGAUAUAAACUGCAGUCAUGUUUGAAUCCGGCCUUUUGAUUCUGACAAGACCUAUUCCAGUUCUCAGGAAAAAUAUUCAGCAUAUUUUGUCACAAGCUGCUAAGGUAAUUUCCAAUACACUGUAUGUUCACAUUCAGCCGACCCAGGCUCUGAAACCGGACUCUAACCCAGAACCAGUGUUUACAAGUCUUCGAUUUGUUCCUCCAAACAAAGGCCUGCAAAAGUUGAUGACUGACAUCUACUCUUCUAGUGCAGCUGUAUGUGGAAACAUUGAUAUAUACGUCCUGCAAGGAAACAUAACAAAUGUUAAAAAUGAAAACUUCCACUACAAUCUAAGAUCAAAGCUAGAUGUCAUUCUGAUGGACAAUCAGGAACAACUUAAUACAAAUGAACAGUUCUUAAGUAAAUUUGUUCAGAGUACAUUUCAGGCAUCCACACAUAACAUCAAAUUCCAGUGCCUCUGUGAUAUAAACUCUGUUGGUAUGGAGGAAUUGCCUUCAGAGAGUUCUGGCAUACAGACUUACAGACGAGUAGUAUUAGGGGGAACCUUUGAUAGAUUACAUCUGGGACACAAGAUUCUUCUGGGAGAGGGUUGUCUGUUUGCUGAAGAAAACCUGACUGUUGGAGUUACCACAGGGGAAAUGAAUCUUAAGAAAUCUUUACCGGAGCUGAUACAGUCCACCCCUGUCAGGAUUGAUUCAGUGGUGCAGUUUAUUGAGACAGUGAAGCCGCAGAUAAGUCAUCGCGUGGUCCCAAUCACCGACAUGUUUGGACCCACCAUCACUGACCCAGAUCUACAAUGUAUUGUGGUCAGUGAUGAGACAAAGAAAGGAGGAGACAUUGUGAACCAGGAGAGACAGAAGAAAGGCUACAGUGCGUUGGAUGUACAUGUCAUUGACCUUGUACAAGAUCAAUGUCAUGGUCAGUUUGAGGAGGCCAAGAUCAGCUCUUCAUCACUACGGAAACGGUUGUUAGGAACACUUAUUAAUCCAGUCAAGCCAAACAAGAACAUUCCCUCUACACCCUAUAUUCUGGGAUUAACAGGUGGAAUAGCCAGUGGGAAGUCAGCCAUAUGUAAAAGACUACAGGGGCUGGGAGCAGGAACUGUUGACUGUGAUAAACUAGGUCAUCAGGCAUAUGCAAAGGGAACCGAGGGAUACGACAAGGUGGUCGGUACAUUUGGUAGUGGUAUCCUGAACAGUGAUGGGGAGGUAAACAGAAGAUCCUUAGGUGCCAUUGUGUUCAGUGAUGAGACAAAAAUGCAGACAUUGAAUGAAAUAGUUUGGCCAGAAAUAGCAAAGUUAGCCACAGAAGAAGUUAAAAAGUUUGGUGCAGAAGGAAAAGCAGUAGUGGUGCUUGAAGCAGCCAUUUUGUUAAGGGCAGGCUGGGAGGAGCUUUGCCAUGAAGUAUGGGGGUGUGUUAUUCCAGUAAAAGAGGCAGUAAAAAGGUUACAUGAAAGGAACAACUUGUCUGAGGAAGAGGCCAUGAAGAGGAUACAUUUAGGGGUCACCAACUCUGAGCUUGUCUCUAAAUCUAACGUCAUUCUGUGUUCCGAGUGGGAGUACGAGUAUACUCAGCAACAGGUUGAAAAGGCAUGGAGUCGACUUCAUCCCACUGUGAAAUCCAAACAUUGACAUACAAGUCUUAAACAUUUUGACAUAUGGUAUAAUAUCACUAUUAUAGAGGAGAAACCAAUAUUACUUUAUCAGUGAUGCAAAUGUAAUCAGUGAUUUUUUUUAAAAUCCUGUAAAAACAGGUGUUUCAAGAAAAAUUAUAAUUAAAACAAAUCCUGCUAAUAAAAGUGCUUAUUUGUUCAUUGGAGUCAUGGGAGAAACAGAGCUUAAAAUUGAUCAAUUUCUGCUUAAUUGCUUC